CGUUGGCCUCAUUCGAGUCGUUGCGCCGGUCGUAGGCGGACGUGGAGCUCCUUGCGCCCCGUUUUCUGCUCCCUUUCUCUUCUCCGCGCGCCGGCAGGAUGGCCCACAAGCAGAUCUACUAUUCGGACAAGUACUUCGACGAGCACUACGAGUACCGGCAUGUCAUGUUACCUAGAGAACUCUCCAAACAAGUACCGAAAACUCACCUGAUGUCUGAAGAGGAGUGGAGGAGACUUGGUGUCCAACAGAGUCUUGGUUGGGUGCAUUACAUGAUCCAUGAGCCAGAACCGCAUAUUCUUCUCUUUAGACGACCUCUUCCAAAAGAACAACAAAAAUGAAGUACAGCUGGGAUCACCUAAUCUUUUUGAAAUUAAAUGUAUAUGUGUAUAUAAGGUAGUAUUCAGUGAAUACUUGAAAAUGUACAAAUCUCUCAUCCAUACCUGCGCAUGAGCUGUAUUCUUCACAGCAACAGAGCUCAGUUAAAUGCAACUGCAAGUAGGUUAUUUUAAGUUGUUAAAGAUAAAUUUUCUUGUAGUUUUUUUCUUAAUAUAAGUAGCGCCUGUUUUACUUUAUCUGUUACUUUGUUAAAUAAAGUUUGUAUGUUGCAUUUA